UUCCCUUUGCUCUAUGGAGGCGGGAGCGCGCAAUGGUUUCUGCUCACACUCGAUCGCAUGCAGAGAACUACCUCCGGACUGCUAAGCACCACAGUGAGACGAAAAUGUCUCAUCUGCUGUCCAUCAACCAUUAUUGCUUUGUUUCCCAGAGUAAUAUAGGAGUAUUAAUUAUGCUUUGGGAUAAUUCUCCUUACCAUCUCUAGACAAACCGCAUCAUAUUUCAUCGAGUGUUCUUUUGACUUAUUUCAGUUCGAGGAAUCGGAGUACUCGCCUACAGGUGUGGAAAAAUGGCGUCCAGGUGCUUCUUGCUACUCGCCUUAGGGACUGCAGUGAUUACCUUUGCAGUGAAUGUGCAGUGCUGUCCUACGCCGUGUAGUUGCUCAGAUAAAACCCCCCAUCACUUUGUGGAGUGUGCUUACAAAGAACUUCAGCUUGUACCUGAUGGCUUGCCAUCCAAUGUGACCACUCUUAGCCUUUCAGCAAACAAAAUCAAAGUGCUGAAAUCACAAAAUUUUGUGAAUGUAAUCCAGGUUACAUCUCUUUGGCUGUCUCACAAUGAAAUUGUUACCAUUGAGAGAAACACUCUGGCACCAAUGUACCAACUAAAAAAUCUGGACCUAAGCCAUAAUAAAAUAGUACUUUUUCCAUGGGAGGACCUUGCUAACCUUACUUCUCUGCAGUUGCUGAAAAUAAAUAACAAUGAGAUGGUCAAUCUGCCCAAGGAUGCUUUCAUCAACUUGAUAGAGUUGCGUUCAGUUCGUAUUAACAAUAACAAAUUUACAACGAUUGCUGAAGGAACUUUUGAUGCUCUUAUCUCCAUGUCGCAUCUACAGAUUUACAACAAUCCCUUUACAUGUUCUUGCAAACUGGAGUGGAUGAGGGAUUGGAUUAUUAAUUCAAAAAUUUCCAUUCCUGAGCAAAACAACAUUGUUUGUGAGGCUCCUGCCCAUUUAAUUGGUUUACAAGUCACUCAGAUGCCAAAACUGGUGUGUCAGGCUCCAACUGUUAUAAUAAAAUAUCAGCCCAACAUUGAAAACACAGAAAUUCAUGAGGGGUACAUGGUCAUUUUAAAUUGUGAAACUAAAGGAAGCCCCAAACCUGAUGUUGAGUGGGAAGUAUUUGCAGGAAACCAACUACUAAAUUUCCCAUUGCCUUCAGUUGUAGAAAAUAUUGAGGUUCCUAUUAAUAGUGCACCCACUAAUACAAGAUUCCAAAUUUUUCAAAAUGGAACUCUAAUCAUUCCUCAUAUGAGCAAAAAAGAAGAGGGAAACUAUACCUGUUCUGCUACUAAUGACAUCGGCAAAGCUGAACACACAGUGAAACUUGCGGUGGCUGUUACCAAAAAAGAAAACACCAACUCUGUGCUGGACACAAAAGAAAGUACUGGUGUGACUGACAAUAAGCCUGGCCAGAAGAACCCCAAAAACAAUGUAUGGCCCAAAUAUGAGAAGCCCAAAAUUCUUCCAACUGGAACAUCAUCGAUUAAUAUUAAAACUGAACCGGUUGAUUCUGAUACUUUACCAUUUACCAGUAAGUGUGGAAUAAGUGAUGGUACACAGUAUAUAUCCAAUCAUGCAUUUAACAUGAGCUUGGAUGACCUGAAACAAUACACAUUUGACUUUGGGGUGAUUGCUUUAGAAGUGUCAGAGACUGAGGCUAAAGUCCAACUCAAUCCUUUACAGAUGGCAAAUGCCAAAUCAAACCUUCACCUCAACCAACCACAGGACCUGGAAACUGUGAAUAAAGAACCUUUCACUCUUUACCAGACUUCAUCCAAAAAAUCUCCUAUGGACAUGCUGUAUGUUUGUGUGAGCACUGGCAAAGGACAUUCAGUUGUUCAGUGGUCCAAGAUUGAGGACGGUGUCAAUACAUAUCGUUUCCAAGGUUUAAAACCAGGCACUAACUACACUCUGUGUCUCACCUAUGGCGGACAGGACUGCCAGGUCCAGGUUGUCUUUACAACAAGGAAGAAAAUCCCAUCUUUACUUAUUAUAGUUGUGGUCAGCAUUUUCUUACUGGCUCUGGCCACAGUGCCCUUGCUAGGAGCCACCUGCUGUCACUUGUUGUACAAGUAUCAAGGGAAGACUUACAAACUGAUUAUGAAGACGCAGAAUGCAGAUCAGCUGGAGAAGCAAAUGGAGACAGACUUUGAUCCGAGAGCCUCUUUUGUGGGCUCAGAUAAAAACUUCAAUGCAAGUGAGCUUGGUGAGGGAGACGCUGAAGCUGAUGUGGAGGAAGGGGAAGGGGAAGGUGAGGAAGUCGAGGGCAGUGUGGUAACUGAGUCCAUCCCUGAGUCGCAGUCCAAAACUCAGGAGGAGUUCGAAGUGGGCUCCGAGUAUAGUGACAGGUUACCGUUAGGAGCUGAGGCAGUGAAUAUAUCUGAGGAAAUAAAUGGCAAUUAUAAAGAGCCACGCUAAAGCCUGACAGUGUGUAAAAUAUUUACCUUUCGACCACAUUCCAAUCCAGGUGAAUACCGAUGAGCACAUCACCUUACUAUUGUGAUACUCUGCAGAAGGUGCGUUAACUCUAUUUUACCUCAGUUAUUCAGCAGUAAAUGUAUAUAUUUCGUAUUGGUUACUGGAUUUUUAUGAAUAGCCUAUCUCUACGAACAAUUUAUUCCAACACACCUCACACACUGAUUUUUACAUUCAACUCAAGGUUACAUCUAUCACCUGGAAAGGCUUAGCAUUCAUACAUACAUGUAAGAGACUGUGAAAUUCAUAGUUACAGUUAGUCACUAAUCAAACGUCUUUCAAUUCAGGGCUUUGAUAAGAGUAAUGUUGUGUUCACAGUACAUGUUCAUCAGUUAUUGUUCAAACCUCGGCGCACGGACUUGUGAAAAAGGAAGGGGAUCGUUUCACCUCAUGGUGUGUGCGGAAAAAGUAGGCUAAAAACCCAGGUCACCAUCGAGUGACAUGACAUUUGUGUAAUAUGUGACUUCAGAUCUCGGGUGCUUAAAGAAGAUCCCCUUUGCCUUUACGGACUGAUUGAACGUCUCCUUUCUCUAGUUUAAGGUUCGUGGCAUGUCACACAAGAAGUAUUUCCGACUGUGUUUUUAUUAGAAUAUAUAGGACGGUAGAUAUUCUCGGUGUCGAUGUGUGGUGUAAAGCAGUAAAGUGUAAAGAUGUCUCAUUUUUAUAAAUAUAUAUUAUCCCAACCGUCGCGUUUCACUAUCAGCCUGUACGCACGUCCCGUACACUUCCUCUUAGUGAUUUGUGUCGACAGAUAUUGUGUUCGACUGAUGUUGUUAACCAUCUUUUCAAAGAUUUUGAUAUCAUUUUAUGUACGUGAACUUAAUAAAAUACUGAUCAAUA